AUGACCUCCCACCGCGAUGACACCAAGCGCCAGUGCACCGCAGACGAUAGGGAUCUUGCCGUUCAAUCAAUUACAGUGACCGUACACAACCAAGAAAAUAACAUCGACGGGGUCCCUAUCCACCGCAACCACGCCACGAUCUAUCCCAUUGUCCCCAGGGAAAACUCCAUUCGGAUAGAUAUGGUACUCAACUCAGCAGACGAUACCGCAGGCUUUCUGGAAGCCAUAUACUGUUACUACACGCAAUCACGCGGCUCUUUGAUGAACUUCGGUCUUUCUGUACGCCCUGGGCUUCUUGUCCAUGAUGUUGUUGACCUGAUAUACGCAAACGGCCGUCAAAGAUACAGGUUUACACGAUCCCUGACCGGCUGUCGAUUUUGGGUGUCUACCGUGAUCUACGACUUUGAAGCGGCCGGCUUCUUGUCGUCCUGGAGUUACUAUAAUGCUGAUGACAUCAAGGAGCGUCUCCAGUACAGAUAUGUAGUUGGACAGGCGCCCGAGGGAAAUGAAAUGGAGCAGGGCUGGUUCUUUUGA